AUGGAAGGCUAUCGCAUGCAUAUAUUGGUUCUAUCGUUGGCAAUGUUGCAAUUAUCUAACCACAUAGUACCAUGCACAGCGGUUGAUUCAAACACCGAUUACAUAAGAACAUCAUGCAAAGCUACAAGGUAUCCCGACUUGUGCCACGACUCUCUGCAAAUGUAUGCACCCGAAAUCAAGAACUCCCCCAGAACACUGGCUCUUACCGCCCUCACUGUGACCCUUGGACUCAUCAAACAAUCUCAAAUUACUGUGAUACGUCUUACAGAAACUAAAGGUUUGACCUCUGUGGAGAAUCAAGCAAUGGGUGAUUGUGUGAAGCAGCUCAAGUCCACCGAGAAUCAGCUCCAAAGGUCCAAAACCGAAUUUGAGAGCAUAGCCGACCCUGCUAAUUCUAGGCUGAAAGUUAGCAACGUUCAAACAUGGGUUAGUGCUGCCUUAACUGAUCAGAACACUUGCACGGAUGGCUUUGCUGAUCAUAACUUGAAUGGCCAAGUGGAGACUGAUACCGCCAAUAACAUAAGAAAACUGGAAAGUAUGACAAGUAUCGGUUUAACACUCAUCAACAACUAUGCCACAGCAACUAAACCUGCCAUGACAUAG